AUGUCUACGGAGGAGGUGACGGUGGCGAUAACUGAGGAAGUGGCGGUAGAAGAGGAAGUGGCAGUGAUUGAGGAAGUAGUGGAAAAGGAGGCAAGGAGAAGCACUCUGGCUUUAGAAACUCUUGAGGAAACUAUGCAAGUGGAAUCCUAUGAAGGACCCAUCAGAGUUGCGUUGGAAGAGGUUGCGGCAGAGAAGCAACAAGAGGUUGAAGAGGAGAAAAAGAAGAAAAAUGACAAGAAGGAAAAGAAGGUUGGAGAAGUUGAGCCAUCACAUCAUCGCAAAGAGAAGAAGAAUAAAGAAAAGAAGGAGGAUGAAAAAGAUGAGGAGGCCAAAAUAAGGAAGAAGAAAGAGAAGAAAGAAAGGAGAGAGCGCCAGCGUGAGGAAAAGCACCUGAUAAAAGAAGAAGAAAAGAAGAGGGCUGCGAGCCCAGAGAAUGAUGGAGAAUCAACCUCUGUGAGGGAGGACAGGGGGGAAAUAGUGCAAUUAAUGGAGCCGAUGCAACCUGAAAUAAUGCAAGUUGUUGCAGCUGAUGAAGGCGAAGAAGGAGAAGUUACCUCUUUGAUGCAGCACAUUCUUCUAUCAUUGACCCUUUAUUUUCAAUCAACGCAUUAG